CUGGACGAAUGUAAGGCUGGCACACACGGUUGUGAGCAACGUUGCGUCAACCAAAUCGGUGGCUUUCGUUGUGAAUGCGAUAUUGGAUACUCACUCAGACCGGAUGGAAAAACAUGUCAAAGCACAUGCGGUGGUGUAAUAAAAGCAGCCAAUGGUACUUUCUACAGUCCAAACUUUCCGCUCAAUUACCCACCACUAAAGGAUUGUGUUUGGCAAAUCGAAGCGCAAGAAGGCUAUCAAAUAAUCGUGAAUUUUACGCAUUUCAACGUGGAAGGAAUGAAAACCGAAUGUGCGUACGAUUAUGUGCUGAUUGAGGACGAACUGGGCAAAGAGGAACGAUAUUGUGGUGAUUAUGAUCAGCCACUGGUUUACACUUCAACUUCGAAUCGCAUCAAAGUGCAUUUCGUUACUGAUAAUUCGGUUUGUUUGCACGCUUCUCGUUGA